CGGCCGGCGGGUACCCUCGGUCAGUGCUAGUUACAGGAAAGUUCGCACACAUACAUGCACAAGUGUCACAUCCACACGACCGCAGCACCAUUUAGCCGUAUAUUCAUAUCAAACGCGCUGCGACUGAUGUGCGAACAACACGUGACAUUCGUUUGUUUAACAGUACCUAUACUUUUGUGUGCGCCGUUUACUUUUUGAGUGCGGUUAUUGGUUAUACAAUAUAAUGCCAAAAUUCAAAGGAAGGAUUACGCCUAGAGGAAAUUGGGACGAAAAUAAAAUGAAACAGGCUAUAAGAUGUGUACUGGAAAAAAGAUAUCGGUGAGAGAAGCAGCUGAGAGAUAUGAUGUGCCGAGAAGCACCCUUCAGGAUCGGAUAAAAGCUGUCGGUAGUGGACAAGAAGCACAGUUCAAGCCAACACUAGGGAGAUAUGAACAUACCUUCUCAGAAAAUCAAUCACUGCAAUUAUAUAACCAUGUCAAAGACCUCGAUAAUCGCCUGAUGCCGCUGACCAAAGUAGAGUUUUUGAAAUUGGCAUUUCAAUUUGCAGAACGUUUAAAAAUACCUCAUAGGUUCAAUAAAGAAAAGAAAAUGGCCGGCAAAGAUUUUUAUUAUAGCUUCAUAAAGAAAUACCCAGAUAUUGCUCUCAGAAGUCCAGAGUCAACCAGCAUUGCAAGAGCCGUUGGGUUUAAUAAACCACAAGUCUAUCGGUUUUAUGAUCAGCUCCACCAACUACAAGAUAAAUACAAAUUCCCUGCCUCCAGAAUAUACAAUGCUGAUGAAACGGGGGUCUCCACUGUACACAAGAAUGAGAAAGUUAUUUCUACUAAGGGAAAAAAGCAAGUUGGCAAGUUGACUUCUGGUGAAAGAGGACGAAACAUUACAUUGAUGUUUGCUAUGAGCGUGUGCGGCCAUUUUAUACCUCCACUUUUUAUUUUCCCGAGGAAAAGGAUGGAUAAAAAUGGUCGUUUGAUGAUUGGAGCUCCACCAGAUAGCAUUGCUAUUCCACACGAAAGUGGUUGGAUGAAUGGUGAGAUAUUUUUAAUGUGGCUCCAGCAUUUCAAACAGCACGUACAGCCUUCGAAGGAGAACCCUGUCCUUCUGAUUCUCGAUGGACAUGGAAGCCAUAAAGAGUUGGCAGUGAUAGAAUUCGCGUUCACGAAAAACACAAAAAAGUGAGAUUCUGACAUCUUCGCCCUUCAAAAAUGCGUUGGUAGAGAAAAAGGCUGCGACCAACACAACCAAGGCUGCAACCAAUAAAACUACAACGAAUAAAAGAAAGGCGGCAACUAAUAAAAUGAAAACAAAGAAGAAUAUUCAAAGUUUGACUCAGCUAGAAAGAGACCACGAUACAGAAUGCAUCAUUUGUGGAGAAACGUUCGAGGAAGAUUGGAUCCAGUGUCAUAGAUGCAAAGACUGGGCGCACGAAGCGUGUGUGGAUAUUGAUCCAUCGCUGGCUUACUACUAUUGUGACGUAUGCAAGGCUAAAGAACGAUUUGGUCAUCAGUAAUUCUAUGUCCGGGGCUACCCUCCAAAAAUUAUUUUAACAAAUAUUGAAGACUGCUUUUGAGACUUGAUUUAAGCUAAUAUAAUAAAACUAUCAGUUUCUAACUUAAUUAAUAUUAUAAGAUAUAUGUUUAGUUUAAGUUAAAGUUUAAAAAUAAAUGUUUAUUUCGGUUGAUUUUCAAGA